CUUUCCGUGGUCUUCUUCUUGGGGAAGGGAGGAAAGGGAGUUGAGGAUGAAAUGCUGAUGGUUUUUGGGGGUAGAUUGCAAUUUGCUGUUGCGGCGUUGAGGAGGGGGGAGGGGGUUGUGUGGGUUGAUGCGGGCCAUCCCCUUCCGGGUCCACGGCUUGAAGCUGUCCUCGCCGCUUCCUUCGCCACUACAACUUCUGAAGCAGCAUCACAACCACCAUCACAACCACCCCACCCAUCACCCUCCCCACCCCCCACCGCCUCCACCCUCCUCAAAAACUUAACAACCUUCACCCCCCCCACCCUCCCGCACCUCCUCGCUCUCCUCGCCCACCCUCUCCCCCCACGCACAAGCCUGCUAAUCCUCUCCUCCCCCUCCUCCCUUCUCCCCCCACCCCCCAUCCGUCAACACACCCCCUCCACAUCCACAUCUAACCCUAUAACCCCCCUAAUCAAUGCCCUCCGCCGCCUCGCAGCAACCUCACAUAUCGCCCUGCUGGUCCUCUCACAGACGGUUACGCAGCUGCAACCACAUGGACCGGCGGCGUUGGUACCGGCGAUUGGGGGGGCGGCUUGGGAGGGGGGUGUGGGGGGACGGGUGGUGCUUUGGAGGGAGGGAGGGGGGAGGUUUGUGAGGGUUGUUAGGAGAGGGGGGAGGGGGGUUGAGGGGAGGGUUGGGGGGUUUGUUGUUACGGCGAAUGGCAUUGAAGACGCGCCAAUCAUGGAGGGCGACCGGGAGCUCGUAAGCGGCCGAAAACGCAAAGCAGAAGAGAUUCUGGAAGGGGGAGUGCGGCUGGGAGAUGAUGAUUAUGGAUGGGAUGAGGGAGAUGAAGUUGGGAUGCCGUUGUUGGGACCGCAGACCCAGGGGAGUGAGGAUGUGCUUGUUGUUCCGGAGGAGGAGACGGAGACGGAGGAGGAAGAAGGGUGGGAGGGGGAAGGAGAAGGAAGUGGAGGGGAGACACCUCGGGGUGGGGGGGAGGAUGGGGAUGCGCGUGGCGAGGAGGCAAUGGGUGAACGGGUUGGCCUGCCACUGUCUCCUUAA